AUGAAUGAAAUGAAAGUUGCUGUUUUAGGCAGCGAAAGGACUGGGAAAUCUGCCCUUACAGUGCGAUUCCUAACCAACCGUUUCAUCGGAGAAUACGCCUCUGACUCUGAAUGCAUUUAUACAAAGCAUAUGUGUCUAGAUGGAAAACAAAUUAAUCUGGAAAUAUACGACCCUUGUUCGCAACCUCGACAAGGGAAGCUGUCCCUGACGGAUGAGCUCCACUGGGCAGACGGGUUUGUCAUUGUGUAUGACAUCAGUGAUCGGACCUCUUUUGCUUUUGCAAAAGCAUUGCUCUACAGGAUACAAGAAUGCCACAUGGGAGCUUGCAAAAGGCAAGUUAAAUCAACUGUUGUGUUGGUUGGGAACAAGCAAGAUCUAUGCCACAUGCGAGAAGUUGGCUGGGAUGAAGGACAGAAAUUGGCCCUGGAUUACAAAUGCCAGUUCUGUGAACUAUCUGCAGCAGAACAUUGUCAGGAAGUGACAGCCAUGUUCACAAAAGUUCUAAAGAAUGUCACUUCCAAUUCCAAAGGGAAGGAGAAGAGACGUCCCAGUGGGUCAAAAUCCAUGGCCAAACUGAUCAACAAUAUGUUUGGGAAGAGGAGGAAGUCUGUUUAGUGAAAGGUCCAGCAGGUGGAGUCUGGGCAGAAGAAAGACACCAAAAAGAGGGCCUUCUAAUCCAUGUGGGAAUUUCACCCGUGUAUUUGUGUGCAGGGCUCUGUUUGAUAAAGAAGCCAUAGAACCAUACCAAGUAUUAACAAUACCUUUGUUCACACAUGACAUGCAGGUUUAUCCCGUGAGGUCUUGUCAGUUGAUGACUUGCAUUGCAAUGUGUGGACUUAUUUUCUCACUUUGAAGUAAUGGUGAGUUGACAUCAGGCAAUACUGAGUUUUUUCACUUGUUACUAAUCCGUGAGGAUAGAAUCAGAUGUUCAAAUUUUAUCUUCUGAUGCUCAUACAUCACUGUCUUAAUCUAGCCAAUUUUUUUUUACUGUUAAUAGACUACUGAAAGCAAAUGGGCCAAAGUUAAUUCCAACUAGUUUUAAUUGGAUCAAAACCUGUAUGUGUGAACAAGGCUUAAACUAGAUCACAGACUAAUCCAAU